AUGAAAAAGAGGGAGCUACCGACGUUACAGGAUUACUGUGUUCUAACGUUGAUGAGAAACCGUCUUCUUCUUGAGGACGUCGCACAUAUGCCAUAUAGGCUAAUAAGGCCGGUGUUAGCAAGACUAAAGGCUGACCAACUAAUAAGGCUUGAAAAAACCAAUGCUAUGUUGAUUUUGGCUGAUGAUGAAAUUUGGUAUGAGCUACUUAAGAAGGACUUUCCGUUAAACGUGCACACGCAGUACGUUCAACGCAAAAACCAGGUUUAUGAAUAUUACUUGAAUUGCAUUAAAGAUAUUGAAGCUGACUUGUUGGAGGAUCGGGAUUUGAUUAAAAACCACUUUCAUGAAGCCGUGAAGAAGGACCCCGUUGUUUUCAAGUACCGAUUACCGUCUCGGCUUCUUUACCAACAGCACCAGCGAGAGAUGCAUAAGAAACAGGAACUUAGUGCAGAGCGAUUGCGCGAGUCGGUACGGCAAUUGCAGGAGGAAAAGGAAAAGAGUCUAAUAACAUGGCUAGAAGAGCCUUUGUAUGCAGAAAGAGCGACUGCUCGCUCACGUCCGCGCCCGCAACGCUCCCACCUGUACCUGAAGUCAUACAGAGAGCAUCUUAAACGACGAGAACACUUUAAAAGCGGUGGUUAUGAUCCUACUCAACGUAAGGUUGUGCGACCAGCAUCUCCAGCAUCACCUGUAUCACCAGAAUCUCCUUCAUCACCCACAACCAUGCUUAGCGCUGGUUCGGCGGCAUCAGGGAAUCAAAGUACCGCACGUAGUGAUGAAGGAUCACCAACAGAAAUCAUCUCAGGAACGUCUCCUCAUGGUGUACCUCAGCAAAAGCGUGCUAACUCUCCCCCACAGGGCAUAGAUGAUUCUCAGCAAACUACAGAGAAUCCACCCACAUCAAGGAAACGUUCUAACCUUUUUAUGCCAAGAACGUUACCACCUCCACCAUCUAAGAAGCCAAAAAUCUAUAUUCAUCGACCACGCUGA